AUGGAACAAAUUCAGCGCAAUCUCGGAUACCGACCACCGAGCUAUGACUCUGAAAACGGAAUGACGGAAGUCAUCGAAGCGCAAACCAGAGAUGUUGAUGCUGCAUUAGAGGGUAUUCAUCCCCUGGAACGGGAGCGGAUGCGCACUUUGGCGGCCGAGGCACUCGAAGGACGUGGUGAACAUCAUUCUCAGAACUGA